UGAAAAUUUGGCGGCGCUGCGCGCCGCCGUUUUUUUGCUAUUCAGGAAAAACCACAGGGGGGGGCCAAAAUGGCCCCCCCAACGGGGCGAGGGUUAAGAGGCGGACGCUAAUUCAGCGGUAGCUGUGAUCGGGCCGCCGCCCCCCGGUCUGAGCGGAACGGGCCGCCGCCGCCCCCCGGUCUGAGCGAAGCGGGCCGCCACCUCCCGCCGGCCGGCCCAGCAUGUCAUGAAGAAGCAGAACAUCCGCACGCUAUCGCUGAUCGUGUGCACCUUCACCUACCUGCUGGUCGGAGCGGCCGUGUUCGACUCGCUCGAGUCGCAGCACGAAAUCAAAACACUCCACCUGCUCACCAACAUGAGCGCGAUGAUCCGGAUCAAAUACAACAUCACCGACGACGACUACGGCAUCGUGGAGACGAUGGUGACCAAGUCGGCGCCGUUCAAGGGCGGUAGUCAGUGGCGCUUCUCGGGCGCCUUCUACUACGCCAUCACCGUGCUCACCACCAUCGGGUACGGCCACUCCACGCCGCGCACGGUCGGCGGCAAGGUGUUCACCAUGUGCUACGCGCUGGCCGGCAUCCCUCUCGGCCUGGUCAUGUUCCAGAGCAUCGGCGACCGCGUCAACCGCGCCAGCUCUAUCGUCAUCCGCGCCGUCAAACGCUUCCUGGGCUGCGGCUCGCAGGAGGCCUCUGAGCUGGACCUCAUCUGCGCCGUGGUCACACUCAGCGUACUGGUGAUCGCCGGCGGCGCGGCGGCCUUCUCGCGCGAGGAGGGCUGGACCUACUUCGACUCGGUCUACUACUGCUUCAUCACGCUCACCACCAUCGGCUUCGGCGACAUGGUGGCGCUGCAGCAGGACAACGCGCUCAACACGCGGCCCGACUACGUGGCGUUCGCGCUGGUGUUCAUCCUGUUCGGGCUGGCCGUGGUGGCGGCCAGUCUAAACCUGCUCGUGCUGCGGUUCGUCACCAUGAACACAGAGGACGAGAAACGGGACGAGGCGGAGGCGCUUCAGGCGGCCCAGGAGACGGUGCGUCUGGAGGGAGACGUCAUCACGGCCAACGGCUCGACGCUGAUGCGCCGCGAGCAGCAGGCCUCGGACGGCGACGUGACGAGCGUGUGCAGCUGCCGGUGCCACAGCUGCUGGCCGCCGCUGCCGCUGCCCAUCGGCAGGGGCUCGCGGCGGCGGCGCUCCUCACGACGCACCCACCUGCUCUCGCGCUCCGGUACGGUAGAGACGCCCAGUCCCACCGUGGAGGAAAUCAUCACCGCGUUCCGGCCGCGGAUGGCCGGCGGCGCCAAACGCGGCUCCGUGUAGCGGCUCCCCGGCCGGGGUGGGGUGGUAUACCGGACCCCGUCAGCAGCGGCGGGCCCUUUGUCGGCCGGCGCGGCGGGGCGGCCACGGUGAAUGGCUCGCGCCGGAGAUGGGACGGCGCGUCUCCGGAGAGCUGGCGGCGGUGGGAGCCGGGGACGGCGCCCGGCCGCCGCCGUCGUGACGGCUAUUGUCCGCCGCUCCCCGCUGCCGCGGCGGAGGCGCGCUGAAACAGCGGAACUCGGUGAGAAGCCGGGCCAGUGCCGACGUCCGCCGACAGCGCUGAUCAAACGCAGCGGCGGCCCGCGCCAGCUUUUUGUUCGAUGAAGUCAGAUGAGUGCUCGUCAAUUUGGCAGCACAUUCAUAUUGAGAUUAGGAUCGAUCUUCAUUAGGGCGACGGGAGGCCUUCAAAGUGAAGUGUGAAAGUUCCCGUGGCGCCCGAACAGGGAGCAAUGAUGGUUUAUGGAGGCCAUCAUAACGGUUCAAUGGCGGGUGCCGCGCUUUAUGAUGGCGAUACAGCCGAUAUUGUGCCCGAAUUUUCACCCCAGAUUAUAUCUACCGUGAGAAGCAGCUCGCAUCAGUGUGCUGUAUCGCAAUGCGUGAUGCCAAAAUCGCCCAUCGCACUGUUUGAAAACUUGCAUCAUGUAAUGUGUAAAUGCAUUCCGCUGCUCAAUUGUUCAUUGGAUAGCUUUUCAAUGUGUGUGAACAGUAUCUUUCUAUAAUUUGCUUGCACAAAAGUUCGAGAACGCAAAUCUUCGCGAAAUGUGCCAGGUUGUGUGCCUUUGUUGUCUUGAGAGCUGCGUGUGCGUACAACGUGAUUGCGACAUUGUAUUGUACAGACUUUAUCAAAAUAAACUGCAAUAUUCACAA